AUGAGAAUUGGUUGCUUGCAGUUCGCGCCCCAGGUGGGAGAUGUCGACAACAACCUAAAUCGUGCAGAUGCUGUCCUCUCGAGAGCAAAUCCCGAUGAUUUAGACGUUUUAGUUCUGCCCGAGCUGGCUUUCUCCGGGUACAACUUCAAGUCGCUGCAAGACAUUACCCCAUUUCUCGAACCUUCCGGCUCUGGCAUCACGUCUCUCUGGGCUAGAACAAUCGCACUCAAGUAUAAUUGUGUUGUUACUGUCGGGUAUCCUGAGAAAGUCGACGUUUCGCCAAAAUGGCCUACUGGCCCUGAAUAUUACAACUCAGUCAUUGUCGUCAAUGGAGAUGGCGAGACGAUCGCAAACUAUAGGAAGUCUUUCCUAUAUCAGACCGAUGAGACAUGGGCAUUGGAAGGUAAUCGUGGAUUCUAUGAUGGCUUCAUACCUGGGCUUGGAAAUACCAGUAUCGGCAUUUGUAAUCCGUAUAAGUUUGAAGCACCUUGGCAUGCCUUCGAGUUUGCAUUUCACAUCCUGGAAGUGGAAUCCAAUCUAGUCAUCGUGUCCAUGGCAUGGAUGACCAGGGAAGAUCCGCGGCGGUUCACUCGUAUGCCCAAUGAACCAGACAUGGAAACUCUGACAUACUGGGUUACGCGACUCGAACCCCUUAUCCGUUCAGAUAACCAAGAUGAGAUUGUUGUCGUCUUCUGCAAUCGCUGUGGAAACGAGGACGAAGUUUUAUAUGCCGGAACUAGUGCAGUUAUCGGAAUUCACGAUGGCGAGGUCAAGGUUUAUGGCCUUUUGGGACGCGGAGAAAAGGAAUUGCUCGUGGUCGACACCAACAACUCACCGUAUGCUAAGCUCGUAUAUCGACCAGAAUCCGGAGGGUCUGGCAUGGAAGCCCCUGGACAUCUUGAACAAUCGAAGAAACCGGAUACUGAUACGAGAAAGAAGAAUGACCCAAAGGCUGCACCAAGCGACAAGCCUCGCGACGGCCAGACCAGCAAUCAGAGCCUUGGAUCCCCAAACUCGAAAGAAAAGCCCAAGUCACCUACUGCGCCACUACCACCGCCUCCCCAACUUCCUGAAAACUUGGCUUUGAACUCUCAGGAUACCUCGGCGAGGAAACGACACCCACCUGAUAUCACUAUACCCAAAGAGUCGUCAGUUCUGAAGAUGAACUCGGCACGCUCCCCCGGAAACGAUAGUCUCAACAUCCCAACACCAUCCGCUCCCAGCCCAACGCCCAUGGCGAUUCGACCUCGACUAAUCAUCCCCGAAUCGCCUCCCAUACUUCCUCACCAGUACCCUCCAGAUCAUCCCAUCAGUGCUGCCUCAUUGAGAUCAGAGAGAUCUAUUCGGUCCGUCAAAUCUGAUCAGUCUGAGGCUUCAAUCAAGACUAUUCGCACAAAUCCACGACCGCCAGAAGAGAGCACACCGUAUCCAGACAGUGGGGCACCCUUGAGUGGCUACCCUGAGAAUUUCUUUCCCUCAGAGAAAAUCAUUUACGGCGGCCAUGUGACCAUUGAGAGUGCGGGACCGUUCAGUCCGAAUACUCCAUUUGAAGAUAUAUCGCCAAUCUCACCCGAGCAGUACUAUUGGCGACCAUCUGACAACAUGAUGCGAACGCCGCUAUCUGCUGGUGGAUGGACACCUGGCACACCUAUUGGAAGAAAGCCAGAGCCAUUUCCGUGGCCUGCUAUAACAGGGAAUGCGCAUCCUCCAGAUCGUAACAACAACAAAGAGCGGAUGAGAGACAAUGCCACCCCAAGAGAUUUUCGACAUCUUCAUUCACAGUCCCCUCAGUCCAACUCUUCAUCAAACCGAACUACCAAAAGCGAAAGAUCUGCACGUUCAGUAUCAUCUGUCAACUCCAAAGGUACCGUUCAGGGCUCUGUGAAAGAAAACAAAUCACUCGCGCGACCGUCAUCCCCGAAAUCUCGAAAUGCUAGCCGCUCAAGGAUGCAUGAAAGGACCGGAUCUGCACUUGGCGACCGGGAAACCAAUGCUGCAAUCUCGUUGCACCUGGAAGGUAUUUCUCUGCGAGCUGAAUCCGCGAGUCGGAUGAGGGCAGGUUCUGCUGCAGGCACUCCUGUUGGUGACCGCGUUCAAUCCCCUCAGUCUAGGAACAACAGCCGUCAGCGUAUCGGUGAAGCUGUCAACAUUCAGCCUGAACAACAUAUGAUCCGUAUUGCUGCAAGCCCCAGCAUUCUCAAGGAAGAUCAGCAGAACCAAUAUCAGUCUUUGAGCCGCGCAACGUAUCACCAGCGGAGCAACUCCUUCGUAUCGAACCGAACUCCCAUCCCAGCGAUUGAGAUGGCCCGCCCAGCCUCGCGUGCUGCAAGCAGAGGCCGAACCCCAGGGCCAAAAAGUCUCGCAACAAACGGUGUUAUCGAGUCGGUCUCGCCUGUUGCGGAACGAGCAUCGUCUGCAGACUCUACGAGGAAUGACAGACUUCAUAGCCCAUCUGCGCCUCAAUCACCCCCCAAAUCUUCUCCUGUCCCGAGGCCGGCCUCGAGUGCUGGUCCAUCUCGGUAUCUUCAACCUGAACCGGCAGAACCUCGCCGGGCAUCAUCAGGUGACACCGGUCAGCUUGUCUUUGAGAAACCUGUCCUCAACUUAAAUAAUGACAUUCAGUCAUGUUCCCAGAAUGAGGCUGCCGAAGCCAGUGAUUGCGGCUCUUUUGCAGAGACGCUUCCAACCAUUUCGACACCCGGCCGGUCUCCUGCGACGCCCUCUUUCAACCCAUCAACACCCAAGGCAAUGAUACUCAACACAAACGACUUAGAGGUUAAACCACUUUUUGGUGGUAGCUUGAAUGGCCCUGAGAAAACACCGACCUCCCGAUGUGCUGAAGUCACCACUCGGGACACGUCCAAUAGAUGUCAAGGGAGAUCCGCAAUAUUGCUGCCCUCGCGAGUAGCUGUCAGUUAUGAUACCACUGGUACUUUGCUUCUUGAGGCCUGUCAUGUUGUGAGUGGAAGAUCGGGGGAUAUCAUGUCCUUUACCCCCUUUUACAGCUGUGUGCCGCUGUACCGCGGAUCUUCCAAUGGUGUUUUGCGCCCCCAGAUAUUCCUUAACUGGCGGCUGCACUCUACUGUCACCGCGCCAUUGCAACUCAUCACUCGCAUCAUUCGAAUUGUCACACUCAUAACCAGAGCUGGGCUAUCGAACGUUCUGAUCUUUCCCAGCCGCCGUCCUUAUUCUCCUACGAUGAAAACUUCAACUUUGAUAUCCACGUGGGGCACACUCAGCUCUGUCGCCGCCAUCUUGGUAGCGGAAAACUCACCAUGCGGGACGCUGUGUGGUAACGUCCUUGAUGCCACUACCACCGACGAUAUCGUCUGCCAGGAAGACGACUAUAAGAGUGGCGCAGGAAUUGUUUAUCAACAAUGUGUGGCAUGUGAGCUCGGCAGUGACUAUCACACAAAGAACAACGAAACAGACCAGCAAUGGUUAUUAUACAAUGUCCGCUAUGCAGUCUCAUAUUGUUUGUUCGGUGUUCCUGGUAACAAUAAAGUUAUCAACACUCCUUGCUUAACCUCAAAAGCUUGUGGACCAUUCCGCCAAGCCGUCGAGUACAAGAACCUGUCUUCAGACAUUCAAAGCUAUGAUUACUGCGAUACCUGGCCGGUUCAAGACACACCUGACUUCGAUGGAUGUACAGAUUGCCUGCGGGCGGGCGAUAACCAUUACUUAGCUAACUUUUUUACUCUACUUCAAGCUGGAUGCGAGCAAAAGCCACAACCUGGGAUUACAGUAUCUGUUGAUGGCGGCCUCUUCUCCCAAGACAUUGUCAACGUCACUGAGCCUACACCUGUAGCUUCUAUGGAUCCGGAUUGGCUCGACCAAGGUCCUAUCAGUCUCGGUGCUAAGGUCGGGAUCGCUGCCGGAGGUGUGGUAUUUCUAUUGUUUAUCCUUGGAUUUUGUAUCAUUUGGCGUGGUAAGAGACGGAGACGGGCUUUCUUGCGACAGCUUGAGAACCGACCCCGUACCAAGGGUAGUUGGCCUAAGAGAGGUUGGCCUACUCCAUUACACAUCUCCAACGACAACGACAUGCGAGAGACACCCUUAAGCCAAAAGCCGUUCAGAAGUUGGGACGAAUCUCCCGUCAGCGCUCGAUCCGAAAAGACAUUCCCGAGAUAUGUCUCCCCUUACGGUUCUCAGUUCGGCAGUCCUGUCAGCGCCACUGAGCUGCAACUGGCCCAAUGGCCGGUGAUGAACCCCAACCAACAAGCGAAUCCGCCGAUGCCCAGUCAUGCAUCGAAUCCUCAUCCGUAUCCUGAGAUGUUCCCUUCCAUGUACAAACCCGACCCGAGCCCCUCAGGAUCACAAAUUGGCGUAGCUCUAGGUGGCGAUGAUUCGUCGCUCAACACUCCCCAGUCAAAGGGCAAAGAUAGAGACGAGUCAUACGAGAUGUACCCCGUGGAUGGUCGGUCUCAUGGUGCCAUUGGAAUUUACCAGCCCGAGCACCUCGAGAGAUUAUAUUCACAACCCGAUUAUUUCGCUCAUGGAGACGUGCACCAAGGCCAGAUAUAUCAGGGUCAAGGGCAUGAAUAUCAAGACAUAUAUAAUGAUGAUAACAGGGGGAGGAGACCAUAA